CUCCCCAAGCCUACUCAUGAGCAAACCUUCAAAGUAGGGCAACGAUCGAUCAGCACUGCUCCACUCCACUGCUGUCCGUCUCGGCUUCUUAUCUGUGCUGGGGCGCUCCACCAAUCCUUGCCACGCCCUGCCACCAUCUGCUGCAUGUUAGAUGGCGUUCGGAGGCAUCACUGCUGUUUUCUGGCUCCUCGUCCUCACCCAAGUUCAUGGCGGGGCUUCCCUUUCCUCUGGAACAGCAGACGGCAUGGAACGCUGGGGCUACGUGGAAGUCCGGCCAAAAGCGCACAUAUUCUGGUGGUACAUCCAGAGCCUGCAGCGGGUGCCAUCGCCCAUGAAACCAUGGCCAACUAUCCUCUGGCUUCAAGGCGGCCCAGGACAAUCAGGUAUAGGGCUGGGUAACUUCGCAGAGAUUGGGCCUCUUGACGUCGACCUCAACCCACGCAAUUCGACGUGGUUGCAGAAGGCCGAUCUCAUUUUUGUGGAGAACCCGGUCGGUGUUGGAUUCAGCUACGUGGACGACCUAAGCGCGCUGGCGAAGACCGACUUGCAGGCGGCCAAGGACUUGGCUGAGCUCCUAAAGGAGCUCGCCAAGGAGAUACCCACACUACAGAGUAGCCCUCUGUUCCUAGUCGGCGAGUCCUAUGGCGGCAAGCUCGCUGCUAAGACCGGCGUCUUGGUUGCAAGGGCCAUCCGCGCUGGCACUCUCGAGCUCACGCUUGGAGGUGUUGUGCUCGGUGAUAGCUGGAUAUCGCCGGACGAUUAUGCGCUGUCGUAUCCCUGGCUUCUGGAGGGCGUCUCCAGGCUGGAUGACAACGCCGUGGGCAAGGGCAUCAUGAUGGCUGUGAAGGUGAAGCAGCAGAUGGCGGCGGGACAGUUCGUGGCAGCUUAUACCACGUGGGUUAAUUUGCUCGAUAUGAUCGACUCCAGGAGCGGCAGCGUUAAUAUGGAGAACUUCAUGCUUGAUACCACCGUGAGCUCGGUGUUAUCAGACUCAGCCGCACGACCAUUGUUGUUACCAGGCAACAGCCAGGCGGCUAACAAUGGUUCCAACAAGGUCAGCGACACUGUAAACGGGUUCCUCAAGCAAAAGUUUAAGAUAAUCCCCAAAGAUUUCAUCUGGCAACAAGUGUCUCUGCAGGUGUUUGACGCUCUGGCCAACGACUUCAUGAAGCCAGCGAUCAAUGAGGUUGAUGAGCUGCUGUCCUAUGGAGUGAACGUGACGGUGUACAACGGACAGUACGAUGUGAUCUGCUCAACACUCGGCGCAGAAGCAUGGGUGAAGAGGCUCAAGUGGGAUGGGCUGCAUAACUUCUUGAGCCUGCCGAGGAAGCCUCUGCAUUACUGCCACCCUUACUAUCUCACUAACGGCUUUGUCCGAUCAUACAAGAACCUGCAUUUCUAUUGGAUCCUCGGAGCUGGACACACGGUUCCUGUGGACAGGCCUUGUACUGCACUGUACAUGAUCAGCAGCAUAGUGCAGUCUCCAGCCAAUUAAGUUGGUUAGGCAAAUUAGUAUCCAUUAUUUGUGUUGCUGCACAAACCAGUAUUAGUACACUAAUGGUACACUUCAUAUAUUAUCCUUGAAUUCCAUCCACAUGAGUUUCUCAUCUUUGCCGAAAAAAUCAAUAGGUUUAACCCGAAUAGCGAACAUGAGCCUAUCGUUGGCAGACUACUCCAUGUACUAUUGAUGGAAUUCGUACAUAUUCGUGGAGAGCUUCCGUACUAAUUCAGACCUUGCCUACCUCAAAGGGUCAUUUAGGUACAAUUGGUACUGGAGCUAGUGGUUCAGCUUACCCUAGAACUUCAGCAAGCGACAUACAUCCAAUGACUUGGAUUUGUUGUUCUAAGGUCAUUGCUACUAUAGUUUGAGCGUCUUUAUCUA